CCAAACCCCGCAGUUCGUUUGCAUUAACGACCCUUGCUACUACAUUGAACAUUUGUUUUUAUAUCGGAGUGUAUCUAUGAAUUAUGGCUCCUACAAAUCUUUCCCAUCGACAAACGCACAAUUUGCUGCUCAUUUCGAAGCUCUUGAGUCUGAGGGACACUGCGUCGCCGUUUACUCUGCUCUUGGAUUCUUUGGAGCAGCCGGCUACUCCGUUGAUUAGGGAGUAUAUUAGACGUGCGAAGCUUUCAAAGGUCCAUGUUACCCUGAUCGCAUUCGAAUCAUUAAAACGUCCCGACGGCGUCGAUGCCCUCGUCUCAGCUCGCCGAAAGAGUCCACACAUUAUCGCAAAGGAAGUCAGUGCUGCAUACCAGACAACGUCGUCCGCCAAUCCCUCGCGCCGGCGAUUAAUCCUCAUCGACUCACUCAACCCACUGAUUAGCUCCAAAACCGUCGACUCCCAAUUCAACCUACCAGCCUUCUUGAGCUCCUUCCUCGUCCCUACAAGCCCCUCCACACCCAAGGUCGAAUCCUCGCUCGUCGCAACGUACCACCAAGAUGUCCCUAUUUCUUCUAACCAACAACCAUACGCGCCGCCGCCGCUUUCGUUACUCUCGUAUCUCGCAACGACCGUGAUCAAACUUCAUUCGUUCUCGCAUAUUCUCGCGCAAAAGGCUGCCCGGGAUCGCAGCCUGGCGGCUCCCGUCUUUGGACUUGAAGAGGAACAGGAUGGCGUGCUGCUUGGUAGAUUGGAUAAGCUCGUUGGGAAUGAGAAUGCGGAGGGCAUUGUUCUGGAGAUGGAACACCGACGGAAGAGUGGCCGUGGUGUGCUAGAGUGGUAUAUACUGCCACCCGCGUCGCGGUAUCCCCCGAAUCAGACGAAGGAAAUUGUGACGUUACUUGACGAUCACCCGCUCUACCGUCCGCCUGAGGAGCCAGGUACUGGUGCUGGAGAUGAAGAGCCGGAGUCGACAUUUAACCUACGGCUUACUGACAGGCAGAGGCGCGAAAGAGAGGGUGUCGUAUUGCCAUACUUUGAUGCGCAGAGUGGUGAAGGGCCCGGUGAAGGAGGACGGAUUCUAUAUGAUAUGGGAGAGGAAGAUGAUUUUGAUGAGGAAGAGGAUGAGAUAUAAACUCAUCCGAAAACUCAGGUCGUCGCCAUUACUGAAACGGAAUAUCUAUCGAAACGCAUUUUAUGCUAAUUUGACUGAUUCAUGAAGGUGGUCGUGUCCUGCAUCCACCGAGCAAAUUAAGUAUGUGUACAGUAUACAUGCGGGUAUACGAAACGAGAACCAUUGUGAACAAACUAGAAGAAGCGCCACAAAAGCAAGAUAAAAAUGAUCAAUCCGACACCAGCAAAUGGCCCGUACUAUGAAUUGUCAGCCCUUGAGUCUCAUCAACAAGGAACCACAACAAACUCACCUGUUUCAACAACAACUCCCAGUUUAUGCGCACCGCAGCCUUCUUGUACUUCCUGCUAUCCUCCCGCAAGCGCCCAGACAAUUCGCCCAUCCGUUCCAAGCUGUCUCCACGG